GUUCGCUGGGUAGUGAGAGAAUGGGAAAGCAGUGUUUUCGUUAAAAGCGUCCUUAGAUGGUUACGUUCGUGUAUGGCCUAUAUUUAGUAUUAUUUAUUUAUUGGUUACUAAUAUGUGCCUUUGUUUUCGUAUGAUUUAUUAGGAAGGAGUAUGUUUUCUAAAUUUAAUUGGAUAUUUGAGUUUGUUAUUCAAUGAAACGAUCAGUGAUUAUUUCUGUUUUCAAAGAUAAAAAAAACUUCGUGAGUGUGUGUAUCAGUGUUCCUUGAAGGUGAUUAAUAAACGUGUGUUCUCCCAAAUAAAUGGAAAAAGUUGGAAUAGUGGAGUUUUGUAAUCGUUUCUAAUUAAACAGUGCUCCUGUCCGCUCCUGUCGAACUGCAGUGGUUUAAAAAGAGUUUCUUUUACACAUUACGGAUCUGAAAGUGACGUGAAAUAGUUGGGUGUCUGCCAUGCGGAUUGGUCACGUUUAAUUCGCUGAAGAAGAUGACAAUGAAAUGCAGGAACAAUAGCCAAACGUGUCGAAGCAGAGCCCGCAAAUAAGAAACUGCUGAACACUACAAAAAGUAAGAAUGGGGGAUAAAGUACCUGAGAGUUGCCCUGAGAAGACCUUGGACUCUGUUGUGUUCUGAAAGGAAUGGCCACCUACAUUAAAAGAAAAAAAGAAAAUUAGAAUGACCAAGGAAAGGGACCCCGAACUUCCAAAAGGAGAGAUAAAAAAGUGAAGUUUGAACCAAGUUGUGCUCGAGUUUGUGAUUCUAUAGCCCUUUUUUUAGUUUCUUUUUAUAGUUUCUCAAUUUAAAUUCAGACGUAGGCAAAUAAAUAUCUCUUUUUUUUGUGGUUUAGUUAAUUGUGACCAACACGAAGUGAGUGUGAUACGUUUGUCUCGUGAAGACACUUUGAAAAUACUGUGGCCUGUGUUCUGAUGACGCACUUCACAUAGCAGAGUGCUGGAUAAGGAGAAGUCAGGACGCUAUGGUUCAGCCUCUGCUUCGUGCUUAGCUGCAGAUUGGCAACUGUGAUUCGGCGCAAUGAAAGUGAGCAAUGUCCAGAUAUCCCCGCUACACGACCAGCUCGCAGCCACCGGCAACAGGGCGUCAGCAGCUGAGGAACCCCUGGAUAUCGGAACAGCAGCAGCUGGAGUGUCGCGAGUCUCAGUCGACCAACAGUUCGUCCAGCAGUCGGACCUACCACCAACAACAGCAACAUCGCGGUCCUGGACCCCCUUCUUCGUUAUGGCUGCCACACCCCCACUCCGAGCCUUCGGGGGCCAUGAUGGCUUACAACCAUCAGCAGCAAGUCCGCAGUGCGGGCCAUUUUCCGCUCGCAGAUCAAAUAGAAGCUCUUGUAGAUGGUCCUCCAUCCUCGGGCGCCGCCAACCCGCUCCUUGUACCGUCCGGCGUCUCAGGCACCGCGGCUGCGAUCACCAAGUCUCAGCACUAUGCCUCGUCCUCAAGAGCUGCCUCGGACAGGGAUCGACCGGUGACCCCCGCAAGCUCUCCAGGCGGCAUGUCUGGCGGCGGAAGUGGAGGAGCGGUCGAUGGGUGCGGUGGCCAUUGUGUUGCCUUCGAGAACUUCUGCUAUUACUGUCUUCAGGUGGUCUUCAUCGCGGGUAUCCUGACAGGGGUGUCCUUGACUAUCGCCGGCGGAGUGCUGCGAAGACAGUCCCGCGGUGGUGACCUGCUGGUGCUGGUGUACAUCGGGUGCAUGAUCGCCAUGGUGUGCACAGUGCUGCUCUCCGUUCAGUGCUGUGUUCGUCGCAACGUGAAGCGGCGCAAACGCGCGCUCCGAGCAGCCAGGGAACAGCGAAAUGCUGCUGUCAGUGCGUCGAACCGUCGCAGCAACCCCGCGCAUGCGGACAUGAUUCCGCUUCAGGACCUGGCGCCCAACACAGCCCAGCAACAGAGAGGCCCUCAACAGCAGCAGUACCAACCAUUGUUGUUACGUCUAGUCCAGCAGCAGGCCACCACAGUGGACAACCAAAGACACAGUGGCAACAUGGGGCCUCCGCCCUAUCACCAUCACCAGGCCAGUUUUAGGUUAGCGAAUACAGCGUCAGUUGACAGCAGACUAGAGGUGUCUCAGAGUGGGAUGCCAUGGUGGAGAAGGCAUGCUGAGCUUGGACCAGGAGUUGCAGAGACUCGUCACUGAGCCGUUUCAAACCGAAAUGGAUCAGCCUCUGAAGGAUGCUGGCAGUUGAGCUAUUGGCAAGAGAUGAUCUGGACUGUCACUGUUCUCACAUUAUAUAACUCCAGCAGCUGUUCAUAGGACCAAGGGAUACACUUUCAUGUGUGCAUGGAACUUCCAUCCCUGAGACUGAUGGUGAAAAACUAUGGACAGUUUUCCUGUACAGAGCCUUGUCCUUGUUAGGAUAUGCCAAAUCCAUGAAGAAUGGCCAACUUCGUGUUUCCAAUGGAAACCUUACUCAUAUUACUGUGCUUAAUUUUGUACAGGCAAUGUUGUAUGUAUUUCAGUGAAUAAUGGAGAUAUAUCAGUAAAUGUAAUUUUUUAAAGUUUCUAUAAUUCUUUGAGACAAAUUAUGCACAGUGUUAAUAGCCAUAAUUGUGUACAUUUGAUAUUAUAAAUUAUUCAUGAAGAAAUGUGAGAGACAGUGUGUGAGACAGACUAAAGAACUGUAGAUGCAAAUUUGGGUAUAAGAUUCGAUUCAGUUUGUUUGUGUGCCUUUGUCUAGAUUUCACUUUUCUGACACCAUACCCCCUUGUAUGAAUGCAGUAUGGUACUAGGAAAUUUACAAAGUUAAUCUGUUUGUUUCACCUAUUUCAGAAAUGUGGAAUUUAUCUAUAAAAUCACUGGGUAAUUUUAAAACCAUAGUAUUUUAUAUUGAUGAGAUGUCCUUACAGCCUACACAGAUAAAAAGAAAUUCAUACUAAACUUAACGAUGUAGAACCUUGUGGAAAGAAACCCCAGGAGGAUGAUAUUAAAUGAAUCUUACAUUAAUAGGCUUUUAAAUGUAAAUUAGAUUGAACUGGCUCAAGAUAAGAUUGAAUGGUUGGCUUUUAUAGUCAUCUCUUCCUCCUCCUCCUCCUAUUGGUCCUUUCAGAGCAUAGGGCUGAUGUGAAGUUUUUCCAGUUUGUUCUGUGACUUUCAAACCUCUUCACCUCUCCAUGUCUUUCUUUUUUCACUUAUUUCCUCUUCUACAGAUCUUCUCCAUGUCUUCAUGCUCCCUGUGGAUUCAAAUCUAAUGCUGCUUUCUCCAUUGUUCCUUCUUGUUUUCUUAAGAUAUGUGCAAUCCAAUGUCAUCUUCUUUUCUAAUUUGAGCAGUAAUUGGCUCCUGUUUUAUAAUUUCCCACAGAUCUUCAUUAGGUAAGAUGUCUGGCCAUCGUAGGUUCAAGAUGCAGCGCAAGCAGAAAUUCACGAAGACUUGCAUUCUUUUGCUAAUUUGUUGGGUGACUUUGCAUGUUUCACAUGCAUUAAGGAGGACUGACUGUAUGUUAGUGUUGAGUAUAUGGAUUUUUGUUUUAUUGGAAAUUAUCUUACUUUUCCAUAUAGGAUACAGUCGAAUAAAAGCUCCAUUUGCCUUUCUAAUCCACACUCUAACAUCUUCACUACUACCAUCACUUGUCACAGUACUUCCCAAGUAAGUGAAGGAGACCACUUGUUCUAUUUCCUUUCCAUCAGUGCUUAGUUUUUCUGUGGUAGUAGUAGCUUUACUUACAUCUCUUUGGUCUUCUUAACAAUAUUGUCACUUGUCACAGUGACUAAGACGCAGGUUUGGAUUGGUAAUUGGAUUUGUUAAUAACCUACAGAUUGUAACUACAAUUUGUAGGAUGCCAAUGUUUGCUUGGACAACCACUUGAAUCUAUAACAACAAAUGUUUGCUGCACUUAGAGCAGGAAGCUUGAUUGAAGAGUACCGGCGGCGACUCCAGUUCAGCCCGGUGGUGAUGGUAAAAAUUGCAGGCCGUGAAAAGGGCCGGUUGUCAAGCAGUGUCUUCUUGUAGCAGCCUGAUGUCCUUCUCCAGUGGUGAGUCUGGCUGGCCAGUGGUGCAGUGAUGCAUGCGCUGGUAGAAUCAGCUGCCUAUGAUGUGUGUGCUGGCAGGGUCAGCUGUCUGCUGGCACUGUUACUGGAGAGUUACGGCAGUUCAUGAUGUCAGCGUAGCUAUGAUGGCUGUGAUCGAUGGACUGAUGAUAAGCCAGUUGAAGGCCCGCAUUUUUAUACCAUUACCGCUGGGCAGAGCUGUGAUUAUGAGCACCGAUUGGCUAGUGCUUGUGUUUGUCUCCAGAAGGCUGGACUGUAAGCGAUGUAUAACUAUUGCCUCGUCCUGUUGUGAGGUGGGAGUUGUCUGUUGUCUGUUAGACUGGCGAAGUUGUGUGUUAGAAUGUGGGAGGUUCCCACAAAUUAAUUAUUACACUGUUGUGGCUUUACACAAUGUACAAUCACUCCACACUAAUAUCUUCAGUCUAUCUGCACUAGUCUUCAUGGAUUUAUAACAUGGGAACACUAACAGUCUCACUGAAUCACACAUUUCAAAUAUUGCGCAUAAAUAAAAAGUCUUCUAAUGGCAAGUUACGUCUUCACAGGCCAACUUCUAGUUCUUCAACUACAAACUUCCUGUCACCGAAGGUCUCCUCCUCUGCUGUAGUUGCCAUUGAAGUCUUUGCUGUAACCCUGUCUGGGGGCCCUCGCAAGGUACAAACAGCCGCAUCAGCUAAACCCAGUUUUUUUUUAUAGAGAGGUUUUACUCCUGGCUUAUGACAGGCAGAGCC